UCAAAUCAGCAAACGCUUUACCCCAAAACAAUUUACCUUCCAAAACAAUUUCAACACACGCUCUAUUGCGACAAGCCAACACACGCCAACGACAAUAACACUCGGACCAAAACCAAACACUCAUUCGAAUCUGUCACCAAACAAUACUUAUUAGCUCAGAUCUUCUUCUCUCUCUCUCUCUCUCUCUCUCAUCGAUCAAACGCAUCUGAAAUCUCUCUCGGAAAUCAAUCUCGUCAAGCUCAGGACCUGGGCAAUAUAAGAAGAAAUCAGGGUUUAGAGUAACGGGACGUCAUUGCCACGGGGUAGAUUGGGUUGGUUGGUGUUUAGAUGGUUUUGACCUUAAAUAGGAGAGGAGAUAAUAAAGAGUGAUUUAGAUACAGAAAAGGUUCGGUAAACAGGAGUUGACAUUCAGAGCAGAAACCAAAGGUUAGGUGUCCGGAGGAAACCAUCAUUCUGACGCUGUUCGAUGAAGAUGGAAUAAUACAUCUUGAUUAUCAAUUACAAAACGAUGAUGCAAAUGCAGAAGACUUUGCUUUCAAAUUACCUUUGCUUCAGGAUAGUGAUCCGGAAAAGGGGGUUGUAGAACAGGACAUACACAAAUAUAGUAAGUUUGAGCCGAGAAGUAUACAGAUGAACAGUGAUAACAAUAUGGAUGGUGUUCCUACCCCUCGUGCGAGAAAAAGUACCGAGAAUUAUGAGCCUUUUAAUAUUGAAAAUGGACAUGGAAGUGACCUAAAUUUCUCGAGGAUUGGAGAUAAUGGCUCCAGUUCUAUAGAUAACCAUGACGCAUCAUCACCAAAUUGCAAGAGCUCCAUCCCUGUUGCUGAUGUUCUGAAGACAUUGUUUUUUAUACUUGUUUGGUACACUUUCAGCACGUUUUUGACACUGUACAAUAAAACUCUGUUAGGAAAUGAUUUGGGAAAGUUCCCAGCUCCUUUAUUGAUGAAUACCUUCCACUUUGGAAUGCAAGCCGUUUUAUCGAAAUCAAUUACAUGGUUUUGGUCUCAAAGAUUUCAACCUAGUGUAACUAUGUCGUGGAAUGAUUACUUCCUGAGAGUUGUACCGACGGCACUCGGAACAGCACUGGAUAUAAACUUGAGCAAUGCAUCCCUUGUUUUCAUCUCUGUUACAUUUGCCACUAUGUGUAAAUCUGCUUCUCCUAUAUUUCUCCUCCUAUUUGCUUUUGCAUUCAGGUUGGAGUCUCCAAGUGUUAAACUUCUAGGUAUCAUCUUAAUUAUUUCUACUGGAAUAUUAUUAACAGUUGCAAAGGAGACAGAAUUUGAGUUGUGGGGUUUCAUUUUUGUUAUGCUUGCUUCUGUUAUGUCCGGGUUUCGCUGGACCAUGACUCAGAUUCUUCUUCAGAAAGAAACCUAUGGUCUGAAAAAUCCACUUACCUUGAUGAGCUAUGUGGCUCCAGUAAUGACAGUGGUAACUGCUAUACUUUCUCUUAUAUUGGAUCCAUGGAAUGAAUUCAAAACGAAUGAUUACUUCAAUAGCUCAUGGCAUUUAAUGCGAACUUGCUUGCUGAUGCUUUUUGGUGGAACUCUGGCUUUUUUAAUGGUAUUGACGGAAUACAUCCUUGUCUCUGUAACUAGUGCAGUAACAGUGACAAUAGCAGGAGUUGUCAAGGAAGCUGUCACUAUUUUGGUUGCAGUGUUUUACUUCCAUGAUCACUUUACGUGGUUGAAAGGGGUUGGUCUCAUCACAAUCAUGUUUGGUGUCAGUUUAUUCAACUGGUACAAGUACCAGAAGCUACAAAAGGGGGAAGCAAGUGAUGAUGUGGCGGGGCCACAAACAACCAAUGCUGCUGCAAAAUAUGUCAUUCUUGAGGAGAUGGAUGAUCAAGAUGAUGGCCCUUGAACUUUCUGAUAUCAUGUUAUCUGAAUCUCCCAUACUUAUGUUUGCUUGAAGGAAAAGCUAAUGUUGGUGUAAGUUUUGGCGAAUGUCGGAAUGGCAGCAUUCACUGAUUCCUUAGUUUUUCAGUCUUUGCCUUUCUGUUUCAAUGGUUUCUUUAUUCGCUCAGUUGGGGGGAAAAGAGAGAAGUUGUCAUCAAUCAGGAGUCAGCCUAACAACUUUUUACCAUCCACUAGGUCCAUGGUUAGCAGAAGUGCCCAUUUGUUAUGGAAUGAUUUUGUAUAUGUUCAUUAUAUUGUAUAUUGUAUCAUGCAUCAGAAUGCAUGCGCAAGGCAAGCUAUAAUAAACAGAUGGAUGCGAAAUUCGACUUCGAUUCAUUUUUUGUUACUAUUUUUCCACUGUUAAAAAUAUUGAAAGUGUAGAUGACGAGCAAGGCAAUCUAUAAACAGUUUUGAGUGUGCAUUUUGUUUUUAUUCUUCUUCAA